AUGUGGAUCUUAAUGAUAUUAAAUAUUUUCACCGCAAUUCAAAACUCAAAUGCAAGAGACUGUGCUUGCGCACUGCAAACAGAACAGAUUCUGAACGGUGAUGCAGGUUUCGUGGGAACAGCAUUGAUCGGAGAGUGUUUCGAUGUCCUUCUCCACACAAACGCUACCUGGCAGCAUAUACAAUACCACCAUCAGAGUGCCUGGAUAUCCAUCUCAUCUGUAGAAAUACGGGACUGUGACAGUACUGUUCCAACAACCACCCCAGGUUCUGUGGAUCCUACUGCAGUCAGGCCGUCCCCCCAGUUACCGGGGUGUCCUCAUAUCAUUACCCGCGCUGAUUGGGGCGCCAUGCCGCCUUCUCAUGCCAUGACGCUGUUAACAGAAAAACCGAAGCUAGUAAUUAUACACCAUGGCGCAACCAGCCCAUGUUCCACACAAACCGAGUGCUCAAAGCGAGUGCGCGCAUAUCAAACUUUUCAUAUGUCAGCGCCACCUGCUGGACGAGGCUGGUGGGAUGUUGGAUACAACUUCAUGGUGGGGGAGGACGGGAACGUGUAUGAGGGGCGUGGCUGGGAUCAGGUGGGAGCUCACGCUUAUGGCUACAAUUCCGUCAGUUUAGGCAUCUCUUUUAUUGGUGAUUUCCGUGAAAGACUUCCUAAUGCAAAUGCCAUCCGCGCCGCGCAGGCGCUGAUAAGAUGUGGUGUGGAUAACGGAAAGAUAAUCGGGAACUACAAACUUAAAGGCCAUCGUGACGUAGGAAAUACAGAGUGCCCGGGGCAGACACUGUACGAAUAUAUUCAGUCAUGGCCUCAUUAUAACAUUCACUGACUACACAAAAAUCACAGUGCGCAGGGGCAUUGAAAACAUCAAAUAAUGUAAAUUUUUGAUAAUUUUUUCUUGUAUAAAAUCAUUUAUUUUGUUAGUCAGAAACAUAUUUUGAUUUUUACCGUAAUGCUUUACGUAAAAGCAGUAGAGUCAUUAAAAUCUUCUGAUUUCCUUCGGAAAACCUCAAA